AUGUCACAAGGAAAAAUGAACGACUGGAGGUGGGUGCCCACCGGCAUGUCAGUUCUUGGUGAUGUGCACAUCGUCACCUUGUGCAUCGCUACACAGGAGAGCAUUGAUAGUGUGAAGACUGGUUUGCAACAAUCAGGUGGUGCUUGCAGGACAGAUUGGAUUGCCUCUGCCAUUGAACAAAGCUUGGGGUAUUCGAAAUGGCUACAGAUUGCCAGUGUUUUCAUGCAAGAGAUCCAAGUUUAUGAGCUUGAUGUUGUCAAACCUACAGGAGAGAAACCCUUCCUAUUCUCUGUGAGUCCAUCGUGA